UCCAUUCACGUUUUUUAGGCAGCUCCACGUAAAUUUUCCUUCUUUCCUUCCCUCUUCUUUCUUUGUGAAAUUCACCCCCUGUUCAUCCCUCUCCUUCGUUCCCUGCUGAUUAUCGUCGCUCCCUCUGCCUUUCCUUGCUUCCUUCCCCGCCAGUAUUGUAAAUGUGUCCCGGAACCACUACACAAAUACACGAACCAUAAAGAAGUGGAAGACAUAGUCAUCAUUAUCAAUAAGUGAGUGAAACAUGACAGCACCACAGAAGCACAGAUAGAUGUGUAGAUAGCAGGUAAAUAAAUAAGUAGGCUCGUAGUGUGAAGAUGGCGUCGUUCCCGGGGCGCCUGGCGGCCAGCGGAGAAAUCUCAUUCAAAAACAAACCAUGGCGCCGAGGAGAAGGCACCGCAGUGACUCUCCCAAGACUCCGGACAAUUUUGAGUACCUUAGGAGCCUCGGAGAGUUCAAAAAGACCAUCAGGCGGCGAGACACACUCAAGUCCUUCAAAUCCAGCAAGACCAGGCCAGAGUCAGCCACUCCUGCCGGCUUCCCCGAGGGUUCCUGCAGGACCAGACGUGGUGUGUGCUGCCAGGAGCAGUGCUGCAGUGGAGGGGUGAGGCCAGGCAGCAGCAUGAGUGGGCAGCAGCAGCAAUCUACCUUAGGAGUGGGGAGGCAAAGGUGUGGUGGCAACAAUCGCAAGGAGGCAGACAGCUCUGUUCACAGAGGAAGGAGCAAGUUUGUGUGUCAGCAGUGUGGUAAAACUUUUAGAAGCAAACAAGGGCUUGACUACCACACCCUAACACACAGUGGUGUGAAAAAUUAUGAGUGUUUACAAUGUGGAAAGAAAUUUAUCAAUAAGUCUGUUCUCACCUUACACACCCUGACACACAGUGGUGUUAAGAAUUAUGAGUGUUUAGAGUGUGGAAGGAAAUUUGCUCGAAAGUCUGUCCUCACCAGACACACCCUGGCACACAGUGGUGUUAAGAAUUAUGAGUGUUUAGAAUGUGGAAGGAAAUUUGCUCGAAAGUCUUACCUCAUGACACACAUCCUGAUACAUAGUGGUGUUAAGAAUUAUGAGUGUAUAGAAUGUGGGAAGAAAUUUGCCCUAAAGAUUUACCUCACUUCACACAUUUUGACACACAGUGGUGUUAGAAAUUAUGAGUGUUUAGAAUGUGGAAAGAAAUUUACCAAAAAGUCUGUCCUCACCAGACACACCCUGACACACAGUGGUGUUAAGAAUUACGAAUGUUUAGAAUGUGGGAAGAAAUUUACCACUAAAGCUCACCUCACCAGACACACCCUGACACACAGUGGUGUUAAGAAUUAUGAGUGUUUAGAAUGUGGGGAGAAAUUUACCCUAAAGUUUUGCCUUACCAGACACAAACUGACACACAGUGGUGUUAGAAAUCAUGAGUGUGAAGAGUGUGGCAAACGUUUUUUUACCAUUUCUGAGCUCAAUGCACACACCUUCAGACAUACUGGCUUGAGGAAGUUCAAGUGUGAUGUUUGUGGGAAGUGUUUCAAGACAAAGGGUGAAAUUGCCCAGCAUGUGAUGAUCCACCUUUGAGGUGAUGUGUUGUUGUCUCACAUGUGCCUGAGUGUAUGUAUGUGUGUGUGUGUGAGUGGGGAGAAGUAACACCCCAGCACUUGUUUUGUUGGCAAUGCAGGCCUUGGGUGGGGGGGGGGCUGAUUUGAUGUGAUGUAAGGAUGUUGUGAAGUACAUGCAGUACCUCCUGUUUGCUUGAUGCCUCAACAGGCAACACCAGGAGGCAGAGGUUCUCUGAGGGUUACACCAAUGCUCACUUGGCUAAUGCAGGGAUGAAUUUGUUUGAUGGUAGUGUACUAGAAUUGCAGACAUUGUGAGGGAGUUCCAAGGAUGCUGUAUGUAUAUAUCAGCACCCAGACAAAAGGCUGCUCCCCUCUCUCAGUGCAGUGAACCUUGAGCAGUUACAGUGCUGGAGUGAGACACACACUGCAUUGCUGCAGUGGUCCUCUUCCCAGCAGUGAGUGAUGUAGUAGUAGCAGUACUGUAGGUAGCUGAAAGUACUGGAUGUAAUGCUAAUAGUUGUCAGUCUAGGGACUAACUACAGUACAGUUGACUGUGUGUGUUUCCUGAGGCUGUGGGAACACUGACACUUAAGGGAAAUAGGGAUCCACAUUCACACAGACACACUGUUAUUGUCCAGCUGGCGGAGAGGACCAUCACAGAGCUUUGUGCACUGUAACGUGUUUGUAUGUAUGUAUGUACUAUUUGUACCAUGUAAUGCAGCAUUGUCCUUGUUAAGCAUGUCUGGCAGUGCAAGCUGUGAGGAGUGGUAGACAUUUCAGCAUUUCCUUAUAUGGACUGUACUACUUAUCACUUUGUCUGCUUUAGUCUUACUACAUUGUACUGUCAGAUGGUGUUACUAUUCAUUUACAUCCACUGUUUUGUACCAGUAAUUUGUAGGCAUGGUAUUAUUAUUAUUAUUAUUACUGUAUUAUUAUUAUUAUUGUAAUUAUUAUUAUUAUUAUUAUUAUUAUUAUUAUUAUUAUUAUUAUUAACAUUUCUGUACCACCAUGUAGGCCUAGUUAAAUUGCUGUUGUCUUUAUUCAUGCCAUUAUGUAUUAUUGUUAUUGUCAUUAUUAUUAUAUUUAUGUAUGCUAUUUCUUAUCAUUGUAUGAAAAUUAAUAAUAGUAUUAUUGGGGCAUAUUAGUGUCAUAUUGAUGUUAUCUCUAUAGCUGUAUUAAUUUUGUGUACAACAAGUUACUAUGUUUUGUUGUUUUGGUGUGUUUUGUGGAAGGUUUGUGAGAACCACCUUGUGAUGGAAUGGAGCCAAAUAAACCAAGAAGUCAAA